AUGGCGGCCUGGCGGGCCCGGGCCUGGUGCCGGCUGCCGCCUGGCGGCCGCGCGCUCUGCCUCCGCGCCGGCCCGGCGGCCCCCGAGCGCGCCGCGGGGCGCGGGCAGGCGGCGCCCAGCCCGGCCUCAAGAUUUUGCCCGCCGAGGAAGUCUCGCCAUGACUGGAUAGGACCCCCAGAUCAAGAUUCCAACCUCCGGCCCAUUCACUUUUACAUCCCUGAAAAUGAAUCGCCCUUGGAGCGGAAGCUCAGGGCACUGAGGCAGGAAACACAGGAGUGGAACCAGCAGUUCUGGGCAAACCAGAAUCUGGCUUUUAGUAAGGAAAGAGAAGAGUUUAUUCACUCGAGACUGAAAGCCAAAGGCCUGGGCCUGAGAACCGAAUCAGGUCAGAAAGCGACGCUGAGUGCAGAAGAAAUGGCAGACUUCUACAAGCAGUUUCUCAGUAAGAAUUUUCAGAAGCACGCGUGUUAUAACAGAGACUGGUACAAGCGCAACUUUGCCAUCACCUUCUUCAUGGGAAAAGUGGCCCUGGAGAGGAUUUGGAAUAGGCUGGGCUGGAGACAGAAGAAGGGCGGCGACUAGGAGCCGCGCGGCCCCCACCGGGUCCGGAAGGCCGCUGGCCACAGCACGGGUGCAGCCGAGCCCGGGGCUGCUUUCUGCUUGGUGACUUGCCCCUUUGGAGCAGCUUGCCGUGAGAUGUGAAUAAAGUGCCCCUUGGCCAACGCCACCUUGCUGACAGGAGUGAUAUGGACGCCGCCUGGGUGGGCCG